UCGCGCGCAAGAGCGAGAUAGACGAAUAUUGGCUGCUGCGUGUAAGCCACGCGAGUCGUCAUCGAACACUGUUCAACGAGCUUUUCGACAGAAUAUCGCGCAAAAUACUUUCAAAGCGUUACGUAAAAUUGCACGGUCUUUUCGGCUCCUUGUCCAAGAGCUGCGACUGCGAGAUCGUUGCUGUUGUUAUUAAUGCUGCAUAAAACUCAUUAAAGAAUAGUGCCAAAGUGUAUGGACCGGAGUCGAAAGAGGGAAGGGAGAAAGAAGAAAUAAUACCCAACUGUAGAAAAAGUUUAUAUUAAGAAGCGAACGUUGUUUAUUGUGGCUGUGUUUAUACAUAUAUAUAUAAAUAUAUAUAUAUAUAUAUUGAUAUGGUGCUCGCGUAGUAGUAUUGUGAGUGAAGUUAAUGUGCUGUGAGAAAAAAUGAGACGCCAGGUGCCGAACGACAUGCAUCCAAGCGGUGGGCGCAGAAAUAUUCUCAACAACGCAGCUUAUAAUAUUUUCGAGCGCAAAGAAACUACAACAAAAACCACAUCGAAUAAUACACCUCAAUAUCGAGCUUUUCCCUCCUCACCUUCGACAAAAUCGAGAACCGGUCCAGUAACACAUUACAUAAAUAUAACCAGAGAGAGUGACACCAGUAACAGUAGAAGCAACAACUACACCAACAAUACAGUUAGAAACAACAAUAACAUCAGCAGUCAAACGCAGAGGCAAAAAUUCCUUCAACGAAGUACUUCGGCAGAUAAUGUUGUAGUGAAGCAACGCGGCUUCAAGCCCUCCGACAGACACGACCCGGCUAAGCGCAAUAUACUCGAGAGUUUAACCAAAAAGAUUCUUCACUUCGAUAUGGAGAGCAGCAGUACGAGAAACUCAACCCCGAUAAAUCUUCAAAAACUUUUAACACCUGCAUCGGACUCCAGUGAAAUGAUGACUACAAUGAAAAAUAAAAAGAUGUACGCAUCGUCGUACUUUUACGCUCCGACACAUCCGACAGUAGAGGACCAGGUGGAGCUUGCGCGCCGCAUAUCGAAUUCUCUGAGCGACGUAAAGAACAUGAAGAGUAAGGGCCAGUCGAUGUAUGUCAACCGCAAGAAGCGCUCGGUCAAAUGGAUUCACGACGGUAACGGUGUCGAAGAAGCAGACGAGACAGAUGCACCCUCUCACAAAGAUAAAAUACCCCUCAAAUGCAUGAUGAAUCCAAGCGGCAAAGUCCUUGAUAUUCAUGGCAUACAGGAGCGCUUUGGCGAGGAAGUCAAUAUGCAGACGAUGCCUGAGCAUCCAGAAAGAUUGUUCGACAUAGUUCGAGAUUUAAAUGCACAAAAGGGUCGUGGUGCUGAAAUAUUUGCGAAACGAAGGAAAAGGUCAGAAAAGUGGGUCGUCGAUCCGGAGCAGCCGCAAUCUCCAAGUACCUAUGCUUAUGGCCCACCACCCACGUAUCCUUCAAAACAAGAUAUUGGUUUAAAUGAUCAUUCGACGUUCGACAACAAACCAUAUUUCAAUCCCUUUACUGUCGAUGUAGCAAUGGAUUACCCAGCUCCAUCAGUAACAAGCUGUGGCAGUGCAGUUCACCCUCUCUUGCAACAUCUGCAAUGCUCAAGAUCAAGUUACGUAAGCAGUGCUCAUUCAGACUGCGGCUCGUGCAGUAACAACUUCAACAAUAACAAUGCGACGGCAAUGACAGCGGCGACGACGGAAAUCAAGAAGAUCUACUUGCGCGAAGUAGCCGUUGGAACCGAUAAUGACGAGCCACCUACCUCGAUACCGCCUCAGCUUAACAAAACUGAAAAAAUGUCAAAUCGUAGAUCCCAUCGUACGUCAACCUGCAAUUCAACCUGCAGUCGUGGAAGUCGACCGAGCGCCAGUAAUAAGGUUCCGAUGCAUCAUCAGUACCACAGUGUUAACAAUCAUCACCCACUAUUUCAUCAAAAUCUUUGUCAGCAACAUCAUCAACAAAUUGGUAACUAUCCAACGAGGAGCAAUAGUUAUCACGGUCAUCACAACAGUGGAUAUGGUCAACACCAUCAUUACUACUCCAAUCCGUAUAGUUACAUCAAUGGAUCUAAUGGUUAUGGAUAUUAUCAACCUCCACCACCACCCAUUCAUUCUGCUUAUCAUAAUCAUCAUCAGCAACAGCAACAGCAACACAGCCAUGCCUAUCACAGCGAUAAUGUGUACCCAGUAGUAAAUAACGGCUAUCAUCAUCAGAGUAAUUACCAAAAUCAUCAUCAUAAUCACCAUCAGCAUCAAGAUCAUCAAGAAGUCGAUGAAAUUCAAGAUGAAAACGACGAGACUCAACAGGAAGAUUACACACCUGUUCCUGUCAAACAAUUGAUUAGAGAAUUUGAAAAAACAUGUCGCCCAGUAAUGCAGUAUAAGCAAUAUAACACUUCGAGGGUAGAGCCCACAGUGCCAACUUGCAACCAUCCUAAUGACAUAUCUCGUUUCUUCGAAGCUAAACAAAACGUCGCUUACCACAACGAUCGUCGGAAUCAGCAGCAGUCCUCAGCAGGUAACGAAUAUGCCAGUUCUGGAGACGAUGAAAAAGAAGAUGACGAUGACGACGACGAUGAUGGCUCAUUGGAUGAUUCUCUGUCACCUGUUAAUUUUUAUACGAUGGAUGAUAGGAAAUUCAUCAAUCAGACUAUUAACGAAACAAACGGUCAUAGAUCGUCUUCGAUGACUACGUUAGACGAGUAUUAUAAAAGGCAAUUGCAAUACCAACAUGAAGAGUCGAAAAAGAACCAAAAUUUACAACAGGAUAAAACUACGAUCGAUCUAUGCUCGGACGGAAAAAAAGUUACCAUAGUAGAAGAUCCUCACGUCAAAGCAGCGAAACUGGCUGCAUUAGCUUCACAAGAAGACAUAGUAGAGAAAAAGAAACGAUUAAAAAAUACUCCGGUGUUGGAGAAUUUGGUUGCCGGAAGCGUUACUCCUGAAUGUUUCAAGCAGGAAUAUUCCAAGGAAGUAGUAGCAAACAAACUGUACGACAACGGCUAUCAUGGACCGAAAAUUUCGAGUUAUCAAAACUUGGCCAAUUACAAUACAGCUCCUCGCGGUUGGUCACAAGCCCAGCAGGUCUACCGCCCAAUUAAAUUUGAGAAACCCCAAGAUGUCAAAAUAUCAUACUCUGAUUUUUGAAAUUGUUCCUAUAAAACUGUUAUAUUCUUUUCUUUUAUCAGAGUCUUCCUAUUACAAAUAAUGACGACGGCAGCGCGCAACUCACACGAACCUCAGCUUUAAAUUUUAAUGUUUACUAUUAAAUUGUUCUUCAAAAACUAUUUAUAAUUAUUAAAUAUAAAAUAGUUUCUAUAUAUAGUUAGAAUCCAGUAUCCUUCAAAAUAUAGUGCAAUUAUUGUAAGUUAAAUUUCAAAAGAAUGCAAUACACAAUGUUUAAUUAAUAACGAAUGAUUGAUUUUUUUUGAAAAGCAUAAUUUAAAAUAUGUGAAUUUUUAUAAAUAUGCAUUAUGGUGAAAAAUGGUAUGAUAUUCACGUGUGAUAGUAUUCGAAAAAUGUACUUAUAUACUUGCAUCUAUAAAUAUUGUCAUUAAAAGAAAGAAACAUUA